UGAAGUGUGUAUCUAGGUCGAGCUUAAGUUUAUUUUACAUGGCUUUUGAAAAACGUUACGUUAGCUGCAAGACGUUCCGUUCUGACGCUCGCAGCGUUAGCUUGAGCAUUGCACAGCAGUUGUCAUGUCGAAAAGGAAAGUGACGUUUGAGGAUGGAGAUGGGGAGAUUACUUUGGAAGAUGUUCCAAAGAAGAAGAUUGUUGAGGGUGUGAGUGGCCCAGGAUCCAGAUUUAAGGAAAAACACUCUUUGGACAGUGAUGAGGAAGAUGAAGGAGAGGAUGGAGAAAAUGAGAGCAAAUAUGACAUCCUUGCCAGCGAUGAUGUGGAAGGUCAGGAAGGUGCAACCAUUGACUAUGAUGAGGGUGUACGAAUCACCCCUUUUAAUCUCGUCGAGGAAAUGCAGGAGGGACACUUUGAUUCGGAGGGAAACUAUUUUGUCAACAAAGAGAAAGAUAUCAGAGACAACUGGCUGGACAAUAUUGACUGGGUAAAGAUAAAAGAGCAGCCUAUGAAAAAGAAAAAAGGCCUUGCAGCUAAGCGGAAGAGAAGAAUUGGUGAUGAGGACGAAGCAGAAGAGGAGAUGAAGCGUGAGGAGCAGCGCAAAGAUAGCGAGGAAGAUGAGGACGAAGAAGAGGAGAAAGCACCUGUAGAAGACCCUCUGGCUACGUACAGCCAUUAUCAACUCACAGAAGCCAUCAUUGAGCUAAUGCUGCCUGGAGAAACAGUGGCUGCUGCUCUGAGAAGACUUGGCGGUCUUGGAAGACAGAAGAAGAAAGGGAGACUGAGAGAAGGAGAGGAGGAGAAAAAAGAGACUUCAAACAGAGAUGCUGAUAAACUGGACAAACUGACAGCAUUGGCGGAUAGACUGGUGGGGAUCGGAGAAUUUGAAAUUUAUCAGCAGACUUACGAAAAGCUGGCCUACAAGCUGAAGGGGCUGACUAAAGGAAAGGCAGCCAAAACGCUAGGGGAUCAAGAAGACGAAAAUGAUGAGCUAGACAUGUUCGCUGAUGAGUUUGAUGAAAAGCAUGGUGAUGAAAAAGAUGAGGAUAAAGACAACAGUAGAGUGAGUGAUGAGGUCAUGUGGGAGUACAAAUGGGACAAUGAGGAAAACUCUGAGCUCUAUGGGCCCUUCAGCAGCCAACAGAUGCAGGACUGGGUGGAUGAGGGCUACUUCAAGGAUGGAGUUUACUGCAGGAGGAUUGACCAAGAAGGUGCCCCGUUCUACAACUCAAAGAGAAUAGACUUUGAACUUUAUACAUGAUCUGUUGAUGAAUUAUGUUGCUGAUUUUAUUUGAUUUCUUCUGCCUGAGAGGGCUUCUUUGAAUAAUUGUUUACUCUUCAAUAACUGUCUUUGUCAUACCUACACACAUACACUAGUAUGUGCACCUGUGUUUGAUACAUGAUGCGUUUUAAAAUAAAGACUUUAUGGCUGGA